CAAAGAUUGACCAUCCAACAACUGAUCCCGCCGGUUACAGAAAAGACCAGAAAAUUUCUCGAAGAGCAAGGUGAUAACUAGAGAAGAAGUCUACACAAGUAUCCUGAAAAUUAUCCUCUAAUAAGCACCAGCCUGCUCAAAUUGACUUCAACAAGUAAUUUAACAAUGUAUCGACUACCAAAUGUUUUACGGUCAUCAGUUGUCCGCCAGUUUACACCUAAUUUAGCAAGAUGUUAUGCGAAAGAUAUAAAAUUUGGUGCAGAGGUUCGAGGACUGAUGUUACAGGGUGUUGACAUAUUAACUGAUGCUGUUGCCGUGACAAUGGGACCUAAAGGUAGAAAUGUUAUCCUUGAACAGAGUUGGGGAAGUCCCAAAAUUACGAAAGAUGGGGUUACUGUUGCUAAAAGCAUAGAAUUAAAAGAUAAAUUCCAGAAUAUUGGUGCUAAACUGGUUCAAGAUGUUGCAAAUAAUACAAAUGAAGAAGCUGGGGAUGGUACCACUUCUGCUACAGUUCUUGCAAGAGCUAUAGCUAAAGAAGGUUUUGAAAAGAUUAGCAAGGGAGCUAACCCCAUCGAAAUCCGCAGAGGUGUUAUGAUGGCUGUAGACCAGUGUGUAGCUGAAUUGAAGAAAAUGUCAAAAAAUGUGACAACACCGGAAGAAAUUGCUCAGGUUGCUACAAUAUCUGCUAAUGGUGAUACUGAAGUUGGUAAUUUAAUAUCUAGUGCAAUGAAGAAAGUUGGGCGUGAUGGAGUUAUCACUGUAAAGGAUGGUAAAACAUUAAAAGAUGAGUUAGAAACUAUAGAAGGAAUGAAAUUUGAUAGAGGUUACAUUUCUCCAUAUUUUAUGAACACGGCAAAAGGAGCCAAGUGUGAAUUUCAAGAUGCUUUGGUUUUAUUUAGUGAGAAGAAGAUUUCUAGUGUGCAGUCUAUAAUACCAGCAUUAGAGUUGGCUAAUCAGGCUAGAAAACCACUAGUUAUAAUAGCUGAAGAUGUUGAUGGUGAAGCUCUAAGUACAUUAGUUUUAAACAGAUUAAAAGUAAGCUUACAAGUUUGUGCUGUAAAAGCUCCAGGAUUUGGUGAUAAUAGAAAGAAUACUGUAAUGGAUAUGGCAAUUGCUACUGGUGGACAGGUAUUUGGUGAUGAAGCUAGUAUGUAUAAAAUAGAAGAUGUACAGAUGCAAGAUUUUGGUAAUGCAGGGGAAAUUAUUAUAACUAAAGAUGAUACGCUGAUAAUGAAGGGUAAAGGUGAUAAAGCUGAAAUAGAGAAACGAAUUAACCAGAUACGGGAUGAUAUUGAACUCUCCACAUCUGAUUAUGAAAAAGAAAAAUUUAAUGAAAGAUUAGCUAAACUAUCUAAUGGUGUAGCUGUAUUAAAGGUUGGUGGAACUAGUGAAGUAGAAGUUAACGAAAAGAAAGAUCGUAUAAAUGAUGCGUUAAACGCUACACGAGCUGCUGUAGAGGAAGGUAUUGUACCAGGUGGUGGUACUGCUCUAUUACGAUGUGUUCAAACACUUCAGGAAAUUAAACCAGAAAAUGAUGAUAUUAAAACAGGUAUAGAAAUAGUAUUAAAAGCAUUGCGAGUACCAUGUUUAACAAUAGCUAAAAAUGCUGGUGUAGAUGCUCAUGUAGUGGUAGAGAAAGUUUUAAAUGGUAAAGAUGAUUUUGGAUAUGAUGCAUUAAAAGGAGAAUAUGAUAAUCUUAUCAAGAGAGGAAUUAUUGAUCCUACUAAGGUUGUGAGAACAGCUUUAGUUGAUGCAUCUGGAGUAGCUUCCCUUCUUACAACAGCUGAAACGGUGGUAGUUGAGCUACCUAAACCUGAAUCUGGACCAGAUAUGGGAGCUGGUGGCAUGGGAGGAAUGGGUGGUAUGGGUGGAAUGGGAGGUGGCAUGGGUUUCUAAAAUGAAAUAAACUAUGGGAAAUAACCCAAAGUGUGUGUGGAACAGUGUAAUUGAUUUAUUCAUCUCUACAAAAGUGAAAUGUGAAAGAUAUUUACAAAACUUUAUACAAACUGUUCAAGUUGUAUGAGAUUGUUCAUUGAUAGCUGUCAAUCAAGUUGUGGGGCAUUCUAUAGCUGGGAUGACUAUUUGUGUGCCAUUUACAGUUCACCCAAGAACUAACUUUCCUAUAUAUAUAGAUAUAUUCAGGGAUGAGUAUGAAUGUAUUUUUUAUGCAAUUAUAGAUUGGUAAAUGAGUUCCACGGUCAUUUUAUCAUAAGAUUUCACAGAAACCAGUAUUCAUUAACUUGUAUUCAAGAUUGGGUGUUAUUGCUAUUGGGAUAUGGUAUUUGCAUUUUUGUUUCAACAUGUUCAUCAUAUCAAUUUAAAAUGUGUUAAGACUGAUGUUUUUGAAAAAAGGUGAAUUGACACUGUGAGUAGUUCUUAUAUUGAGUAAAUGAAAGUCUUGUGGUCAUGUGAGUAAAUGAAAGUCUUGUGGUCAUGGAAACAUUUAUUCUUGUCUACUGUUUAUUUUGAGUUGAUACAAAUCUGUUCAAAUUGGUAGACGGCAUUCUGUGACGGCAUUCAUCCACAGUACAUUUAUAAAUAUGUCAAAUUUCCAAGUUAUUUCUUGGGUGAUACUUUUUUGUUUAGUUCACAAAAAUUAGAAGAGGAUCAGUUGGGAUAAAUUGACUAAAUGUUUAAACAACAUGAACAACACCUUGACUUGAUAAUUUGUUGAAUGUAUUGUUACUUUGUAAGAUUUGAUAACAUUUGUUAUACUUGUAUUUUGUUAAAAUUGUAACAGUUAAGUGUUUUGUAGUUUUUGUCGCUAGAAAUGGACAGAUCAAAUAAAUGAGGUACUGGUCACCUCCAAUUAAUGUCAACAGCAAUAUUUAUUGUAAUCAAUUAUUAAAAAUAAAAGUGAAUCUAUAAUUAACAAUCAAUCAAGCAUGAUUUUAAUAAUACAUAAAUCAAAAUAUUAGUAUUAAUUAAAAUUUGCGAUAUUAUUCUUAGUUGUAUUGAUGUAGACCAAGGAACUAUACCGAGAAAAAGCUUAUUAAUAUUUUAAAUUCCUUGUAAUUUGGAUACUGAUACAGACUUGGUAUGUCACUGAUCAUCAUUUUUAGGCUAAAGACAAUAUGUAGCUACAGAUAAUCUCCUGACUUAGAUCAACCGAAUUAAGGACAGGCACAUUGAAAUAUUUUACCUAAAACGUAUAGUUAACGCUGCCUUAUUUAUAUCAUAUGCAGAGGAUGCCAAAUGUGACAAAAACAACCAAUGUAUUUUACAACGUAAAUUAUGUUUCAGUUUAAAUUCCCAUAUAGAUCUUAGAUCUUUUCGAUUGCAUCUUAGUAUAGUUCCUUUUGAACAGUUGACUAACCAAAUUUUAAACUGUAUGUAUACUACUAGUAGUUGAGUGAAAGUUAUUUGUAGAGAGUAAAGUUAAUGAGAGUUUAGUUGAAUGUAGAUGAAAUAUGUAAUGUUUGUUAAUGUAUAAUAUAUAUAUAGAAAGAUAAUUUUAGCAGUAAAAGUGUGAUCAGUUUUUCAUAUUCAUUCAUAUAAAAACAUAAUAAAAUACUAAAUUUGAAAUUUUA